AAUAUAGUUAAAAAAUAUUUAUUUUUUUCAUUUAGAAUUUUGUAAAAAUAAACUAGUAAAUUAAUAAAUUGGAGUAUGGGAGAUAGAUUUAAUAAUAGUAGAAAUAACAGUUUUCAAAAACCAUUUCCCAGCAAUGAUAGGCAAAAAGAUGGAUUUAAAUAUCAACAAGAUAAAAGAUCUUAAAGUAGCGAUGGGAAAGCAUUUGAUAACAAUAAUAAUAGGUUCUAAAGGAAUAAUGAAUAACCUAAUCGCCCUUUUCAAAGCAAUUAGUAAUUUAGACCUUUUAACAAAGAUUUUUAAAAUUAAACGAGGAAUUAGAAUCAAGAUACCUCAGGUAGGUAUUCUUAGCCUUAUAACAGAGACAAUUCAGGUCAAUCCAGGCCUUAUAAUAAAGAUUACUAAAAUUAACCAAGAUAAUAGAAUUAAGAUAGUAAUGGAUAAUAAUCAUAGCCCUAAAACAGAGAUAAUCAAGGUCAAUAUAAGCCUUAUAACAACAAUUAAUUCAAUUAAGCAAGGUAUUAGAAUUAAGACUAAUAAUUCUAGUCCUAAAAAAGAGAUAAUGAAGGAUAAUUUAGGCCUUAUAACAAAGAUUUUUCAAAUUAAGCCAGACAAUAAAAUUAAGACACCUAAGGUCAAUAAUCCUAACCCUAAAACAGAGACAAUCAAAGUGGUCAAUAUAGACCUUAUAAUAACAAUUAUCAAAGCUAAUUCAGGUAAUAAAAUUAAGACUAAUAAUUCUAAUCCUAAAACAGAGAAAAUCAAGGAUAAUAUAGACCCUAUAACAGUAAUUAUCAAGGGAGAUACUAAAAUGAUAACAGAGAAAAUUAUGGAUAAAAUUCUUAUAGAGAUGGCUAAAGAAAUAUGAAUUAUAAUAGUACUUAUAAAACUCAAAAUUAAGGAUUUACUUCUAUAUUUACAGACCCUUUUAUAGGCUAAAGCUAAAGUGGUAGCAGUAAUUAACAGUAUCAAUCUUCAGACAAUAAAAUAAAAAAAGCAGCUAUGAAAGAUCUUUCUGAAAAUGAGAUGGCAGGAAUUAUAGACAAUUUAUGUGUAAAUAUUCUUGUUGACAAAAUUAUACAUUAAAAUUUGAUGAACGAUGGUUAAGAAUACAACCUAAUUCAAUCUUAUGCAAACAAAGAAAUUAAAUUAAUAAAUAAUCUUAAGCAACUUUUUCAAUAAUGA